UACAGACCUGCCAUCCUGUCUCCUCCGACCGCCGACACCAAGGACCCCGCCGCCGGCCACCAUCCGCGUUAUUUCAAGAUGAAGAUCGAUACCAGCCUGACUAUGCUCCAGCUCCCAGAGGCCCUGUCCCAGGCAGGCCUUCAGUUCUCUGUGGCCACUGAGGAGGAUUUCGAUGAGAUCAUGGCCAUGAGCCAGGACAUCUACGGUGGCCUUGAUUACCUGCCCACUCGAUACACUGACUGGCUACAGGAGACCAACCGCACAGUCAUACUGGCUCGCAAACAGGGAAAAGUGAUUGCUCUUGAGUCCGUUUGUGUCAUUGACAAUGGGGAGACCAUGCUGGUGGAAGGUCUGCGUGUCGCCCCUCAGGAAAGGGGAAAGGGCGUGGCAGGAGUUCUGCUGCGCUUUUGCUGCGAGCUGGUCAAAUCCAAGUACCCUGAUGUCAAAGUAAGCCGCUUGACCCGUGAUGAUCAGCUUGGACCCAAAGACUUCCAGAAGUAUCGUCUCAUAACCAAGCAGGGGAUUCUGUUGGUACGCUUCAGAGCUGAAGACCUCAAGCUCCGUCUGUCUGAGCUUGGUCUGGGUGGAGACAUCCAAUCCUCUCUGUCCACCUCCUCCAACCCUCCUCCGGUGUGUCUCGACCAUACAGCUGUCCACCGGCUGUAUCUGACCACUGACCUGAUGCAGGGGGUCCUUCCUAAUGCCACCAUCAUUCAAGACUGGCAGCCAUUCAAGCUUCUGACCAGUAACAUGGCUAUCCUACUGAAGAAGGACAUUGACUGGAUGGUGGAUGAUGUGUCCAACCCUACUGUGGCCAGCCUCUGUACCUUCCCUUUCAGGGUGCCCAUUGGAGAUGACUGGUAUUACCUGAACAUUGACAUGUUCGGUAAAGACCUGGACCUGGUUCGGCAGCAGUUCUUGUGCCACCUGCAGCGCCACACUGCCCCCCUGAAGGGUCACGUGAUGUGCCAGAUGUUCCUGGACCCACCACUUUGGAAGCCCAUGGAGGAAUUCUGCCACAACACCUUGAGCGUGGAGCUGGUGAAGGAGUACACCGAGCAAUGCGUGGUGGAGUCAGACGUCGUCUAG